AUGCGCUGCGGACCCGGCGGCGUCGGUCAGUGCUUCGGACCGGACAUCUGCUGUGGCGCCACCAUCGGCUGCCACCUGAAGAGCCGCGAGAGUGCGCCAUGUGCGGCCGAGAACAGCAUUCCUGUGUCGUGCGAGGUCGGCACACCGCCAUGCGCCGACGGUGCCGGCAGAUGCGCAGCCGACGGUCUCUGCUGCAGCGAAGAAUCGUGUACGGUGGACGAGAGCUGUAGACUGUCGCCGGCGUCGCAGACGGAGACGGCGAGGUUGGCGGACAUAUUGAGAUCUCUGAUGCCGAACGGCGAUGGUGUCUCUCUAAGCAGACACUACGGCUACCAGAGACGAUAG